AUGCAUCCAAAUAUCCCAAUGACCUUGCAGAAGGUCAUGACGGCCACACGGGCGUCUUCAGAUGUGCUGUUUACCCUCUCGAAUUUGAAUAUAAUCCGUAACCUUGUGUUUGUCGUCUUCCUCCUCCGAUUAGCCCGGAAAUCUUUCUAUACGGUCCGCGGUCACGGUGUCGUCGGGACCAUCAGCAAUGUCUACCACAAGGUCCAGCUCUUGCUAUAUUCUUUGUUCUUACGAUCCCCUGGUGUUCGUGGCCAGGUGGACAAACAAGUCUCGUCUGCAAUCUCCAAAUUAGAAACAAAACUCGCUCCCCAAGGACCCGGGACUAUCAAGUACAACAGUCUUCCGAAGCAGGGAUGGACGGCCGAACAAGUUCGCGCGGAGCUGGACAAGCUGUCCGGAAUGGAGCACACCAUGUGGGAAGACGGACGGGUCAGCGGUGCCGUGUAUCACGGCGGCGACGACCUGUUGAAGCUGCAAACAGCUGCGUGGGGACAGUUCGCCGUGGCAAAUCCUAUCCAUCCGGACGUCUUUCCAGGUGUGAGGAAAAUGGAGGCUGAAGUUGUAGCGAUGGUGCUUGCACUGUUCAAUGCGCCCAAAGGUGGUGCCGGUGUGACAACAAGUGGUGGAACAGAAUCCAUUCUCAUGGCAUGCUUAUCGGCUCGUCAGAAGGCUUAUGCUGAACGGGGAGUCACUGAGCCAGAGAUGAUUAUUCCGAAUACUGCCCAUGCGGCUUUUAAUAAAGCGUCGCAAUACUUUGGCAUCAAACUUCAUUCGGUUCCUUGCCCUGGCCCAAAACACACUAUUCAUAUCCCGUCUGUCCGCCGCCUAAUCAAUCCUAAUACCAUCCUCUUAGUCGGAUCCGCGCCUAAUUUCCCUCAUGGAAUUGUUGACGAUAUCCCUGCUUUGUCCCGCCUUGCCGUCUCGUAUAAGAUACCUUUACAUGUUGACUGCUGCCUCGGAUCAUUUGUCAUUGCUUUCUUGAAGAAGGCCGGUUAUGCCUCCCCGUAUGAGGAACAAGGAGGCUUUGAUUUCCGUCUUCCGGGAGUCACAAGUAUCAGUAUCGAUACUCACAAGUAUGGCUUUGCUCCCAAAGGCAACUCUGUGGUCUUGUAUCGCAAUCGUACUUUACGCAGUUACCAAUAUUUCAUUCUGCCAGAAUGGUCAGGUGGAGUCUAUGCAUCUCCAUCAAUCGCUGGUUCCCGCCCUGGCGCCUUGAUCGCCGGCUGUUGGGCAAGUCUGAUGGCGAUUGGUGAAUCCGGAUAUAAGGACAGCUGCCACCAGAUUGUUGGCGCUGCUAAGAAGUUCGAAGCGUCCAUCCGCGAAGACCCGGUUCUUUCCCGCGACCUGAAGGUAGUUGGGGAGCCGAUGGUGAGCGUCGUCGCAUUUGCGGCCACAACUGCGGAGAUUGACAUCUAUGAUAUUGCAGAUGCCAUGUCCGCCAAGGGGUGGCAUCUCAACGCUCUUCAGAACCCGCCAGCCAUGCACGUUGCAUUUACUAUUCCGACUGCGAAUGCUGUGGAUAAGCUCACCACCGAUCUAGUGGAAGUCGUCGAAUUAGAGCGCGCAAAGGCUGAUGAGCGACGACGGCUGGGACAGAAGGUGGAAAAGGAGCGCGGCGAUACGUCUGCGCUUUACGGUGUUGCUGGAAGUAUUCCGGAUAAAAGUAUCGUUAGCCGACUUGCGGAAGGGUUUCUUGAUACUCUUUAUCUUUCCUAA